AUGUGCCAACAGUCUGUCUGCAACGAUGACCAUGCUGGUCCUGGCCACAGUCACUGGAGCUAUGAAGACUGGAAGCACUGGGGCAUGGACUACCCGGACUGCGCGGGCACCGUGCAGUCACCCAUCAACAUUGACACGGCCAAGACCAUCUUCAGCCCCCAGCUGCGGCCGAUCCAGCUCUCUGGCUACAGCCUGCCGGCCAACGAGAAGCUCACGCUGAGGAACAACGGGCACACAGUUCUCCUUGAGCUGCCCGAGUCACUGGCCAUCACUGGCGGCUAUGCCCAGCAGUACCGAGCUGUGCAGCUGCACCUGCACUGGGGCUCUGCGUCAGGACCGGGCUCGGAGCACACUGUUGAUGGGCGCCGCUUUGCUGCAGAGAUCCACGUGGUCCACUACAACACCAAGUAUGACAGCUUUAAGGAGGCAAUGGUCCACCCAGAUGGCCUGGCCGUACUGGGGGCCUUCCUGGAGGUUGGGCCAAGGGAGAACCCAUACUAUCAGGAAAUACUUGAGCAUCUGUACAAAAUUCAAAGAGAAGGUGAAGAAGUUUUGGUGCCUGGAUUCAACAUUGCAGGUCUGCUGCCUGCCAACCUGAAACUCUACUUCCACUACAACGGCUCUCUGACAACCCCUCCCUGCUACCAGACAGUGAAGUGGACGGUCUUCAACCAGACUAUGCUGCUCUCUCAUGACCAGAUGUCAAUGCUGGUGAUGAGCCUGAGAAACGAUGACAGCAAACCUCUGCAGAACAAUUACCGGCCGGUGCAGGACCUGCACGGGCGACGGGUGCUGGCGAGUUUCCAGACCACCCUCUCUUCAGCAAAGCAGAUGCCUUCUG